AUGUUGAUCCUGAAAGACCUCAAGAGAGUGGAAGAUUACGAGGGAUUGUCGUUACUAUUUGAUGAAUCAAACGAAGAUUCUAUUGUGGAAGUUAUUGAUGAAAAAACACUUGAGCAAGAGGGCAUACUACCACAAGCAAGUGGCAUUGAGGAUCAACAAAAAAACCUGGAUGUGAGUAUCAUUGAAGCAUUUUGGGAAUUUCAAAAGACGAUUCCAAAAUCUCGUAGGAUUUUUACACCUGCGUAUUGGGGAGUUCUGGACUUAACGAGAGAAAGCUCAUAUUAUUGUAAACACCUCACAGAAAAAGACAUAAAUCAACUUUCGCAAGAUUUUUCCAACAAAAUUUCCUGGAAAACAAUGCCUCCGGAAAAGCAUAUUCGAGAAUAUUUUGAUAAUAAUUGUGAAAAAAAUGCAGACAACAUUGGAAAACUAGAUAUACAGAAAAGCGAUAUAUCUAGUUUCCAAGGAAUGAUGACGGAGGAAGAACUAAAAAUGAGUUCAACAUUUCCACUAUUUAGCGGAGUGUUCAGUUCCAAUAGGAUUAAAAAUGCUUG